UCGCGUGAGGACUGAGAGGCCGGGCCGGGCCGGGCCGGGCCGGGCCGCAGCGGAGGCAGCCGCCGAUGGAGCACCAGCAGCCGGGCGCCGCCGAACGGGAGGCGGAGCGGGAGCGCGGCCGCUACGCGGAGCGCCGGGCCGUGGCCAGGGAGCAGCUGGCGCAAAUACAGGAACACAGGCAUCAGGCAGACCUGGCCAAGCUGGAAAACAGAAGAGAAGGGGAAGAAAUACAAAGGCUCAACCGGUUGUACCAACUGGAAAUUCAGAGAGGAAAGGAAAACGAACAGGAGGAAAAAAUUGAACGCCAGAGGCUGCAUCACGAGCAUGUAGCUGAACAGAAAGUAAUUAAAGAUGAAGAGAAGCAAAGAGAAAACCAAGAUGAUGAUCGGAUUAGGGCUUACAUUAAAGGAAAAGAAAUGAUGGCUGAUCUGAGAAGAGAAGAAGAUGCAGAGACCAAUAGGCUAGUUCAAGAGCAUCAGGACAAAGCUUUUAAACAACUAGCAGGACAGAUGAAUCAGACAUUGAGGAUGGAAGCUGAACGUUUUGCUCGAGGAGCUGCAGAGGUAGAAGACGAAUACCAAAUGAAAACCAAAGAGAGAGAAGCAAAAACAAAGGCUGCCAUUGAAUCUAUUGCUGAACACAGAGACACUGUGGUGAAGAUGAAACUGGAGAAGGAGAUAGAGGAAAAAGCAGAAAGUGCAAAAGAAUGCCAUGCAUUCAUGGAGAAGAACCGCAUCUACCUGGAAGGGGAAGAAGCCAAGAAACAAAGACAACGUGAUGCAAGUAUGGAAGUACAGAAGAUUCAGCUCCAGCAAAUGGUAAAUAGAAGUGCUGUACCCUGUCAGCCCCUUUCAGAAAGUAGCACGCAUCUAAAGCAACAGUAUGAUGCAUUGAGGGGCUGGGAGAGGAAGCAUGCUGUUUUUUGUUAAGCUUGUAUGCACUGG